CAACUUCAGUAGUAACUUCCUGUGCAAGCCUUGGUAGAAACGGGGGAAAACAACAUUAAUUUUCGUUGCCUUCGAAAGAUAUAUUCAUUCACUAUGAACUUUGACUAAACUUUUUGGGGUUAAAGGCCAACAAAUCUGUCAGACAAUGCGGCGCGGCUGUCCAGGAAGAAAGAACUAUGCUGACUCAGACACUCUAAGUUCUGGCUCAGAUGAUGACACUUGCAAGCCAAAGAAAAAAAGGUGCUCUACAGCAGCAAGUACCUGGAGUUGCAAGACCUUGAAUAGUUUGGCAUGUAUAACAUGGAGGCAGGUGCUGCAGAUGGUCCUGUAUUUGGCAUCAGUGCUCUUGAUACUUGCAUUCCUGUAUAUGUACAGGGGAUCAUUGAUGCACAUUGGGGUUUUGGCCCUGAAUGGUAUUUUACCAGCUUCUUGGCUAAAGACAACCAAUGCCAUCGUGGAUGAAGCUCUGGCCAAAUACAGCGCUGACCGCUUGGGUGUAGCCGACUAUGCUUUGGAGUCUGCAGGUGGCUCUGUGCUAUGCAGCAGUGACACGUACUACUCCAAAAGUGGUGCCCUCUACAGUGUGUUUGGCAUUCCGGUAUGGUACCACUCUUCCUCUCCGCGGGAGGUGAUUCAGCCAGAGGUACAACCCGGCAAGUGCUGGGCCAUGCACGGACAGAGUGGCUACGUGACCAUACAGCUGGCCAUGCCUGUGGUGGUCAGCGCCAUCAGCCUGGAGCAUAUCCCUACGGAAGUGGCCCCGUCUGGUCGUCUGGACUCGGCACCCAAGGAGUUUGUCAUUGUGGGUAAAGAGUCUGAAAUGACGUCUCCUGAUGUUUUGCUUGGUCAUUUUGCCUAUCAAGUUGGAAAUGGACAGCCUAUUCAGUUGUACGAUAUUAAGGACCCAUUCUGCACCCGUCAGACAGUGGACUACAGUAGUUGCGGUCCAAACCAAGAAGUGUUUCGCAUCAUCACCCUCAAGGUCCUCAGUAACCAUGGCAACCCAGACUUCACCUGCAUCUAUCGGCUCCGGGUCCACGGGAAGCCAUUGAGGCCAGUCCUGCCGGCUAUUGCCGGGCCAGACCACUGAUCAUUCUGAGCUAGUUGUUGCCUUACUGAAGGAAGAAUAGAUUUUGGUCUCCUACUUUUCGAUAUACUGCUGAUUGGGUACCAAGUCUUUCUCAAGAUUUAUGCUGUGUACAGAAUCUUUCAGCAUUGUCAAAGAGUGAAAGAAAAAUAAUGUACACCUGUCCAAUUUUUCAGAAUUAUUUUUAGUGGCUAUUGCCUCUCUGGCAAGACUUUCCCCAAAUGAUGCCUGUUUGACUUCGUUGAUCUUGAUUUUUUUAAGUGUGUGGGUUUGGCUUUCUUAGUCACAUGCAAUUAUUUAUAACCACAAAGUGGCAUUUUUGGUGUUUCUAGGGAAAGUAAUUCAAGAUAACUAAAAACCAUAUACACUAAAAAGUUAUAGGUGAUUUGUUUAGUUAAAUCUCGCAUGCUCAGGACUCUUCUUCUUCUUCUCUUUAUGAUAGACUUUUAUUGCCUUUUGCCAAUUAUCACAUUCUGUAUCACAAUACUGUAAUAAUGCUAGAGAAAAUAACAAAUGCCUGAAGAUCAGAAUCAAAACUUCAGUACGUUUUUAUUACUUUGUCCAUGAGGGGUCACAGUUGAUUUAUUCUGAUACAGUUUUGUAAGCAUACAUGGGCCACUUUUUAUUUGUUUUUAGUCAAUUGCACAAACCCCAGAGCUGACUAGUGGAAUAGACGUACUGUCCACUUAGAACCAGAGUCAAUCCUUUCUUUGUGCAUUCUACCCAAUGAAACAUGGCUGUUAAAAAUGUGCUUUCUCAUUUGAUGAGUGAAAUUAGGCACUUAAAAAUCUGUGUGCAUAUUUGAUGAAUUGAAUUUUCUCAAAAAGCUGUUCAGACUCUAAAAGCAACUGUUGAUGCCAUAGGUUGACUCCUUUCUUAUCAACUGCUGAUUGUGCUCUUCGGCUGCAGCUUUACAAGUAGCAGGUGCUGCAUUUUAAGAAUGGUACAGAUUUUUUAAUCAAAUAAUUGCAUACCAUUAAAUCGUCUCAAAGCAAAGACAACUUGCCAAUUUAGCGAUACAUGAAAGCAAGUGUAAAGUGUAGUGCCAUUUCUGAGUAGCUUCCUCUUAAGUUAACUGAAGUAUAAUGUUGAUCUAAUGGUUUAGGUAUAUGCACUAUUGGCACUCUGAUUAUGGACUCAUUUAAUGAAUUUUCUCCGGUUUUAAGAUGUCUUUUUCAGGAAUAUUGCUAUUUUGAAGACCAUUUUAGCCAAAUGAAAAUAGCUUUUUUUGAUAAUUUAGUGGUAAUUUAAGAAAAAAAUGUUAUGAGGUACUGCUCCUCUUCCCCAAAGGUAAAUAUCUGUAAGGCCAUUUUUUAUGCUCAUUUCGUUCUGUUAUGGAUUUCUGAAGCAGUUGGUAAUUGUUUACAAUUUUAUAUUAAUUGUGAACAAGUCAAAAGCCAUGUUGGAAACGAAGAUUUUAUAGAUGAUGUUUAAGAUAUUAUUUUUCUUUUUAGGCUCUUUACUCUUUUUAAAGAAUUCUUUGCUCUGUUUUGACAUUCAAAUAAAUAUAAUUGUGAAAGAUG